AUGAAGCCCAUUAUCAAUCGUCUUGAUGACGAUACGGUGCAAUUACCUCAUGCUGUAUCUCUUGGAACCGGGCUGUGGCAAAUGCGCAAUGCCCCUGUACCAGCGACGCAGAAAGCCAUCAUCACGCCUCAGAUGAAAAGCACCCUUAAUCAGGAGCUUAACGCAAUACCUGUCCAAGACCCUGGCUUAGGAGAGGUUCUGGUUCGGAUCCUCUAUUCGGGUAUUUGUCGGAGUGAUGCAUCUUUCUCCAUCGGUCCCCUUCCCGGCUACCCCAAACACAACCACAUAGCAGGCCACGAAGGCAUCGGCCACGUCGUCAAGUCUCACUACCCGGCUCUAGUCGGCCGUGUAUACGGACUUCGUUAUCUCGGAUCGUCAUGUGGUCAUUGCACAUACUGUCUCCGUGGCUUGGUCACGUCCUGCCCCUCACAGAUGAACAUCCCGAAACAAAUCCCCGGCACUUUCCAACAAUACGUCACCGUUCCCACGAACUGUCUGAUUCCUAUCCCUGAACCCUUACUAGGUGAUGAUAUGGACUGGGCCCUCUACACCUCGGCACUCUGCUCCGGAUCAACAGCCUUGACUUCUUUACGCGCCGCGAACCUAAACCCCGGUGAUGUGGUUAUAGUCGUGGGGAUAGCUGGGGCUAUUGGACAUCUCACUGGGGCUAUUGCGAAACAUGUCCUAAAGUCACGGGUGAUUGGGAUUGACUUUCAAUCAAAGAUUGAAGCACUGGCAGAGAACAAGGACGAUUACGCUGAUAUUCUUCUGAGCGCCGCCGAUACGACUGAUGAUAAUACAUGGGAGGAACUUCAUGCUCGAUUACUGGAAUCAUGCGAGAAGCUACGCGGUGGUCAGGGUCUCUCGCGUAUGGCCGAGGCAGUCGUUGUGACAAGUAGCUCGUUCGCUGCUUUCCAACACUUAGAGGAAUAUGUCUGUGAUGGAGGGAGGAUUGUUUGUGUGGGGGUUCCCAAAGGCCUCAAUAUGCUGCAAAUUCCAUUACACGCGAUCGUUGAACGUAACUUGUUCGUGACUGGUAAUUUGAUGGGAGGGCAGCAGGAGGUGCUGCAGGUGAUGGAAUAUAUCCGAUCUGGGUGGAUAAAGCCGAAGAUUACGAAGAUUGGGAUGGAGGAGAUCCCGGUUUGGAUGCAGAAUUUGGUGGAUUGUCGGACUGUGGGGAAGGUGGUGGCGAUGAUUAAUGGGCUUGUAGGUUCCUGA